AUGGGUGUCUUGAACCGCAAGAAGGGUCCCUCCAAGGGAGUGGAAGCGACUGUUGGACCUGCUCUCACUGCCGUCUUGCCAGAUGAGCCCAGGCCAUGGUAUCGAGUUCCCCAUCUCCUUAAGCUCAACCUCCUGUUGCUGGUCCCCUUGGUCUCUUCCGGCGCGAUCGGCUAUGACGGCUCCAUGAUGAACGGUCUUCAGACCCUCCCUCAGUGGCAGACUUACUUUGGCCGCCCCCAAGGUGCCCUCCUUGGUGCUAUGAACUCUGUCUACCCUGCUGGAAAGUUCUUCGCGCUCUUCCUUGUCACCUGGAUUGCGGAUCGGUUUGGACGUAAGAGGGCCAUCUUCAUCGGCGUCGUUACCUGCAUCGCGUUCUGCAUCAUGCAGGGCCUUGCCAAGAAUAUCGAGACCUUCAUCGCCGCCCGUGCGGUCCUGGGAUUCUUCACCAGUUUCCUGGCUCAGCCCAGUCCCAUCCUUAUCACCGAGCUGGCGUAUCCGACACACCGUGGAAAAUUGACCGCUCUCUACCAGACCUCAUUCUACCUUGGCGCCAUCAUCGCCGCUUGGUGCACGUACGGAACCUUCAAGAUCAGCUCAGACUGGAGCUGGCGCAUCCCUUCCCUGCUGCAGGGUGCCCUCCCUCUGCUCCAGCUCUGCUUCAUCUGGUUCCUCCCCGAAUCUCCCCGAUGGCUCGUCAAGCACGGUCGCCACAGCCAAGCCCGCAAGAUCCUUGUGGACUACCACGCCGGUGGCGAUGAGAGCUCUCCCCUCGUCGACUUUGAGAUGAACGAGAUCGAGGUGGCCUUGACGAUGGAAGCCGACGUCAUGUCCCAGAACUCCUGGCUCGACCUCGUCCGUACCCCCGCCAACCGUAAGCGCACGCUCAUCGCCGUAUGCGUUGGUUGGUUCGCGCAGUGGAAUGGCGUCAAUAUCAUCUCGUACUACCUGUUCCUCGUCCUCAAAACCAUCGGCAUCACCCAGCCAAAGGACCAGACCCUCAUCAACGGCCUGAUGCAGAUCACGAACUGGCUCUCGGCUGUAUUUGUCGGCGCGCUGAUGGUGGACCGCGUCGGUCGCCGGACACUCUUCCUCGUCUCUACUGGCGGCCUGUGCUUCAGCUACUGCAUCUGGACCGGAUUGACUGCUUCAUUUGUACAGACGCACAACGAGGCCACCGGUCGGGCUGUGGUCGCCUUCAUCUUCAUCGCCUACUUCUCGUACGCCAUUGCUUGGGCUCCUCUCUUGGCCGCAUACACCGUCGAGAUCUUCCCCUACACCCUCCGCAGCCGUGGCGUGUCGGUCAUGUACCUGUCCACCUUUGCCGGUCUGGUCGUUGGUAACCAGGUCAACCCCAUCGCUAUGCAGAACAUCGGCUGGAAGUACUACAUCUUCUUCUGCUGCCUCUUGGCCGUCAUUUUCGCCAUCAUCUACUUCUUGUUCCCGGAGACCAAGGGCUACACCUUGGAGGAGAUCCGAGAGGUGUUUGAGGGACCGGCCCAUGGGAAGCUUGAUGAUCUCGAGACGGCGCGUCCUGAGACCCAGUCAGGAAAGAAGGAUGAGGGCAAGGCCAUUCAACACGCAGAAAAAUAA